CCUCAGAUUCAGAAAUCUCACAAGUAGGUGAAUAUACACAAUGACAGACGGAUAGAGGCAGGAUGAAACGCAGUCAAACCCAGGGUUCGGAGCUGCCAGCCAUAUGUUCCCGCUGGUGUGCCUGUGUGUGUCUCGCAAGACCUCAUAAAGUCACUGGCCUGCCCAGGACCUACAUACCAGACCUACAUAGCUGCAUCAAGCUUCUGAACCCGUUUACCCCUGAGUUUGGAGGCAGUAUCCUUGGAAUUUUGACUCGUGAUCCCUUGUUGUUGGCCAUCGGCAGGGAAAAUCGCCAUGAUGCACAACAAAAGGGAUGGAAAAGUGGCUGUUGGUGCUGAGACAGAUAGGCACAAGGGGAAAAUCACGAGGAGCACAGCAAAGCAAAAGCUUGGAAGACGGAUGGAUUCAUGGAUGCUUGAGAUCGAGCGAUUUGGUAACGUGGCAUUGACAGCCCCGGGAUGGCGCGGCGUUGGUUGUCACGGUUGUGCAAAAAUUGUCGAUAAUCUCGAUAUUCCAAUCCACCAAGAGCCAACAUGGCAGCAGACAGCAAAGACGACGCUACGGGGCAAUAGGGACCGCGACUGGCCCAUCUGCUCGUCCACUUCUUUAGCUUCUCAUCAAUUCCUGGCUGUCGGUCUUCGUCGUACCAGAAAUCGCCAUGGGCGGCCCAGAGCUACCCCAGUUGAGGGACGAAUUCUGAAUUGCAAUGCCGAUGGACAAGCCAAUAAUCGGAAAGUUACCGAUCGAGGUUCCUGA